AUGGGUGGUGGACUCGAGGAGGUGUACGAGGUGGGGAGGUGUAGGGUUGGUGGUGGAGGCGUUUUAAUAGGUGGUGGACUCGAUGGAGGAGUGCGAGGAGGGGAGGGUGUGGGGGUUGGUGGACUCGAGGGAGGUGUACGAGGUGGGGAUGGUGUAGGGGUUGGUGGUGGAGGCGUUUUAACAGGUGGUGGACUCAAUGGAGGAGUGCGAGGAGGAGAGGGUGUGGGGGUUGGUGGACUCGAGGGAGGUGUACGAGGUGGGGAGGGUGUAGGGGUUGGUGGUGGCUUAAAAGUUGGUGGUGGAGGUGUUUUAACAGGUGGUGGACUAGAUGGAGGAGUGUGA